AUAACAACUGAAGGAUUAACAACGAAAGACACAACAUCUACUGUCGAUGCAACAACUGAAGCAUCCACAACUAAAAUAGAAACAACUGUAGAUUCAACAACGGAUUCAUUAACAACGGAGGAAAAGACGACGGUUGAUGCUACUACUAAACAAUUAACAACUGAAGAGAAGACAACUGUUCAUAUAACAACUGCUGAAUCAACAACGAAAGAGAAGACAACACCCUAUGACACCACUGUGGAACAAACGACGACGCAGAGCACAACGGUUGAUAUAACAACUGAAGGAUUAACAACGAAAGACACAACAUCUACAGUCGAUGCAGCAACUGAAGAAUCCACAACUGAGAUAGAAACAACUGUAGAUUAUACAACGGAUUCAUUAACAACGGAGGAAAAGACAACGGUUGAUGCUACUACUAAACAAUCAACAACCGAAGAGAAGACAACUGUUCAUAUAACAACCGCUGAUUCAACAACGAAAGAGAAGACAACACUCUAUGACACCACUGUGGAACAAACUACGACGCAGAGCACAACGGUUGAUAUAACAACUGAAGGAUUAACAACGAAAGACAAAACAUCUACAGUCGAUGCAACAACUGAAGAAUCCACAACUAAAAUAGAAACAACUGUAGAUUCUACAACGGAUUCAUUAACAACGGAGGAAAAGACAACGGUUGAUGCUCCUACUAAACAAUCAACAAACGAAGAGAAGACAACUGUUCAUAUAACAACUGCUGAAUCAACAACGGAAGAAAAAACAACACCCUAUGACACCACUGUUAAACAAACGACGACGCAGAGCACAACGGUUGAUAUAACAACUGAAGGAUUAACAACGAAAGACACAACAUCUACUGUCGAUGCAACAACUGAAGAAUCCACAACUAAAAUAGAAACAACUGUAGAUUCUACAACGGAUUCAUUAACAACUGAGGAAAAGACAACGGUUGAUGCUACUAUUAAACAAUCAACAACUGAAGAGAAGACAACUGUUCAUAUAACAACUGCUGAAUCAAGAACGAAAGAGAAGACAACACCCUAUGACACCACU